AUGUCUUCACGUGUCAACGCGGAUGAACCCACUCCCUAUCGCCGCUCAAGUCGCCUCAGCGCCAGAGCGAGCUCUGUCGCAGCGGAAUCUGCCAUCACCAAUGCCACAUCUUCGGGUGUAAAGCGCAGCAAGACAACAUUGACCAAGGUCAGCGCUCGAAGAUCUAAUGCUUACGGCGCGAGUGGCCGUGUUGGUAACCCCGACAAACUUACGGCUGGUCCGACUACGGGUUUUGCGCAAGCCUUCCAGAAUCAGCGCGGUCAAUCCACCGACAGAGAGGACGAUGACAGCGAGGAAGAGGAGGCAAAGGGUAACGACACUGACGAGCUUGCUGGUAGACCACAGACGGCUUUCAUGAAGCAAGCCCAUCACGCAGGCCAGUUUGCACCGUCCUCAAAGUCCAAAGCUGCGCCCGGUUACUCCUUCAUCGAUAGCGAUGAUCUGACCCCCAGCGAGGAUGAGCUUGCGGCGUCGUCUGUUGGAAACACUACCAAAUCAUUCGGUCCUUCCCAUGAGACUGGUAUGCUGGUCUCACAGGACCCGUUCGCCGGUUUCCAGAUCCCAGACGAGUCGCCUUUCACCAAGCCUGUUGGACCGAUCCGUAGACCUGCAUCGCGCACAAUCAAUGGAUCCAGGACUCAGGCACCCACCCCCGUUCAGGCUCAGAUUCCCGCACCUGCGAAGACUUCCAUCCAGUCCAAGACUCCGACUCAGGUUAAGACCCCGACUCAAGCCCAGAUCCCUAUCAAGUCAUUCGUCCGGAGCCAGGCGCAUGUCAAGCCAGCCCCAGCACAAGUACCUGCUCGCGUCACUCCCACUGGCCUCGAACAGUCUAUCGAUGAAGUUGUUGCAGAGGAGCAAGCAAGGUUACAGCGCGAUGGUCCGCCGUCGUCGCAGCCACAGUCCCAGUCCCAGUCCCUGCGACAACCGUCUCGCCGUCGCCCGCACCAUAAAGGUGUUGCCGAGCUCAAUGCAUGGAUUGGUGACGUCGAGGCCUCUGAUGACGAGGAGGAUGAGCCAGUAUGGCCUUGGAAGAAGCUUUCCACAUGGGCGUUCUGGGGUUUGGCACUCUCUCUGUUGCUCGCAUGGGCCCUCUCCUCUAUGAUGGCUACCGAACACGCUGAGUCUUCACUGAGGACACCUAGCUUGGUGAAGGCUGUCGGUGAUCGCGUCGUCUAUACUUAUGAUCAGGUCGCAGCGUACAUCUCGCCUCCUACUGGCCCUUCGGAGAUGGAUCAAGAGAUUGACCGCGUCAAAGCCUACAAAGCUAAUGGCGAGGACCACUUCCUUUGGGCCCGCAUGAGCAACAUGGAUACCAAGAACGACAGGCGAAUCUCAGAGUUACGAACGGCUCUCUUGGAACUGAAGGACCAACUACCCGACAUGAUGCUCAUGCGACGCGAACAGGACGGUUCCCUCCGGAUCAGCGAUGAGUUCUGGCAUGCACUGCUGAGCAAGGCGCGUUCAAGUGAGAGUGAUUCAGAAUGGGCUCGCUUUCUGGCAGACUCCAAGGGCAAGCUCCGCGAUCUCUUCGACCCAUCUGUGCACCAUGAGCGUGGUAACACUGAGACCUGGGCUGAAGCUGUCACUCGCGAUGAAUUCGUCCGCCACAUGGAGAAACAAUAUCACAACAUUACCAGCCGAGUUGACAAGAAGGUCGAGGAGGCCAUCCGAGCCCAGAGUGCUCAAAUCAAGACGACGAUGCAAGCAGAAGCUAAGAAGAUGAUGAUGGACCAGAUUCACCUUCAUGCCCUUGCCCAAGCCAACCUUGUCGCGAACUACGAGUCUCACUUGACUAAACCCAACUACUUCUCCCCUGGCCUGGGCGCUAUCAUCGACCCGGACAUGUCAUCCACCACGUUUUACGAUCGCCCCGGCCGCCUCGCUGAGGUCGCUCGUCGCCUUUCUUGGCUCCCGCGCCGCAAUCCACCCGUGGCAGCACUCACCAAGUGGGAAGAACCAGGCGACUGUUGGUGCUCUGCCGGUCAAUCUCAAGGAUCGACUGGCCAAGCCCAGCUUGCCGUCAAGCUCGCACGACCCGUUAUCCCCAAACAAGUCACGAUUGAGCACAUCCCAAUGAGUAUGGUACCAGCACGCAACAUCUCCAAUGCUCCACGCGACAUCGAGCUUUGGGUUCAGACAGACACGCCGAUCAACGCUUACUACUCCCACCGCCAAGUGAGCUGCAAAGACCCACCCCCAGAGAGUGUCAGCCCGGCCAUCAGCUGGAAGUGUCUAGGAUCGUUCAAGUACAACAUUCACGCGUCCAACCACCUUCAGACGUUUGACCUGGCGGGUGAGCCGUCUGAACCUAUUCGCAACACCAUUUUGCGUGUGACGAGCAAUUGGGGCGCUAGUCACACGUGCCUCUACCAAGUGAGGCUGCAUGGCACAGACGCCGACAGUGACUACGAGUACCCUGUGGGACUGAUGGACUAA